AUGGAUGCCGGUAAGAGUGGCACGGGCUCGGAGUCGGAAAUCAGAGGAUCUGUGCAGCGCGAUGCAGACCAAGGACACUCCCGGAAGUCGGAAGUGGACGAGUACGACGAUGAUAUGUUUCUGGAUGAAGAAGAUAGACGUCGGCUUGAAGAAAUGACUGAAAAGGAUCGUGAAGCUGAAAUCUUUAAACGUGUUGAACAGCGCGAAAUCCUGCUUGCACGUGCUGCUACCGCAAGGCUGGAUUUGAUGGUUGUACUUGACGGUUGCAGGCAUGCAAUCCAGAAGAAAAUCAGAGCACAGAAGGAGCAUAGUUGGGGACUGUCAAAGAAGCAGCAGAAAGAGAAGCAAAAGGAGAAGGAAAAGAGCUUGAAGGAAAAAGGAAAAGCAAGAGGAACGAAAAGAAGACAUGUUGAUAGUGAGGCGAGCGAAAGAAGUGGUGUCGAUGAAAAGAGAGCCCGGGCGAUAUACGAUGCAGACACCGGGAAUGAUAAUGAAUAUGACGAGUUCCAGCGCCCAUCCGAGUUGCAGAGAAAGCAGAAACAAAAGGAUGCAAUGGCCAGUCUUGUGAAUCGUCGUAAGCAGAAGCAAGAGGCAGCUAUGAAGAAGAAAGCACAGUCGCGGAAAUCAGCGCUUGACGUCGAUGAAGUGUUUGGGGACGAAGGCAGUGAGGAUGAGUAUGGGAAGAGCUCUGGCUGGAGUCGUUCAAGCACUCCGACGAGAUCUAGUCGAAGUGCAAGCGAAAAAAGUCAAGUGCAGAGUCGCAGCCCUACCCGGACACCAUCACCCGAAAAGAAACGGGAGGUAUGUGGCAUCUCACAAUCGUUCUUGUCUUCGCUGAAUUGCCCCAUUCAUAACGGUUUGGAUGAUGUGAAGAAUGAGGCCACAGUUUUUUGCUUCCCGUUGUCAAUCUUAAUUUAUUUGAAUUCAUGA